GAGAUGAGAGAUAAAAAGAUAAGAUUUUUCCAGAUUCCUCUGCCUCGAUCAAACACUCAGUUCAGAGAAAAUGUGGAGCGUCACCGGAGCACUAGGCGUUGCGGUGCCUACCGCCGCCGCUUGCCGUCCGAAGCACCUUCUCACCUCCUCUAACCUUCUACCCAAGCAGACGAAGAAGCUACAUCUCUAUCCACAGCAGCCUCUGUCUCUAGCAUCACAUUUCUCCUCCUCUUUCAGAACAGCUGCUUCUUCCGUUGAACAACAGUCUGACAAUAAGGGAGAGAGCACUAAGUACUACUUCGUGGUUGCGAACGCCAAGUUCAUGCUUGACGAAGAGGAACACUUUCAGGAGCAGUUGUUUGAACGUCUUCGAUACUACGGAGAGAAUGAGAAAGAGCUAGACUUCUGGCUCGUCAUUGAGCCCAAGUUCCUCGACAAGUUUCCCAAGAUCACUCAAAGGCUCCGUCGCCCUGCCGUCGCUCUUGUCUCCACCAAUGGACCCUGGAUCACGUUUAUGAAGUUAAGGUUGGAUCGAGUGCUUGCUGAUUCCUUUGAAGCGACCUCUCUUGAUGAAGCCUUGGCCUUUACUCCUACCACUCUUGAGUUCGAUAAGCCUAAGAAUUGGGUGGCGCCAUACCCCAAGUAUGAACCUGGAUGGUGGGAAACCUUCUUGCCCAAAAUAAAACAAGAAUCUGUAGCAUAGUACUUUGUCCUUUCUUUUUUUGUCAUUGUCGGAAUCCAUCUUUGUCUAAGAGUGCUUUCUAGUGUGUAUUACUGAGCUUCUUGUAUUUCUGUGUACUACAAAUAUGUUGCAACUCAGUUGAAUCUAGUGACCAGAAUCAAUCAAAGGCCGUUUCACAUA